GAGAGCGAGAGCGCGCAAGCAUUCGGGAAUGAGGUGAAUUGCAUCGUGAUUUCAUCCGAGCGCAGCUGCGAGACACACUGGAAUCCAAACAGGCUUUUUUUUUUUUUUUAAUUUGCAAACGUUUGUUUCCGAGGCUUUUCCUCUCAACAUCAUCCUCGUGCAAUGCUUGAGUGUUUUCUGUCUCACUACAUGAGUUGGAUUUUAAUACUGUGAAGCCUCAUGGAAUCAGAUGCCGGACGGGUUUGGUCUCCUGCUGGAUUAAAAGCAUCAUUCAGUCAGUUCAACACAGCGCACAGCAACUGAGCUCUGAGGUUGUGUCAGAAGAGCAGGCGAGGAUGAAACUGAAGCCCAGUAAAAGAGAUUCCCCCUGGGGGAGCCAUAGACAGAUGUGGUGCCCCUGGAGCCACUGACCCUGUGUCUGAAUGAUCUAUGGAUAGAGACCACCAGCCCUCAAGAGUCAAUCUUCCAUUGGCAGACACGAACAAAUGUUGCUUGGUAAUUGCUGAGUAUCUACAGUCUGAACAUUCGGUUCCUGGGCUGCAUUUUCUCAAAGUUACCUUGCUGUUACAAGACAAAACGACCUACCACAACUGUGCUUAGACGUUAAACUCUGACUCGGUAAUUGUUGAGCAUCUACAGUCUGAACAAUCAGUUCCUGCAUUCCCAUUUUCUCAAAGCGCACCUCAAAGUUCCCUUCAUGUUACAAGAAAAACGGCCAACUCACAAUCCAGCAAAUGCAUGCAAAGCUUCCGGGAAAGCCCAUGUAUCCUCACAUCACCUUCCAAUUGCAUGACCGUGAAAGAGGAAAGUUAUGGCGUCUCAUUGAGAAUGCUGAGGUCGGGCAGGCAUGCGGCCUAGCAGGAUCAAUACAACCCCGCUGAUUAAUGGGCAGAUUUCUCUUCCAUUUAGUGUGUCAGAGAAGAAUCAUCUGCCAAGACCAAGAUUGUGAAUUCAGGUCUCUUCGGUCUUUAAGAGUUGCAUUUCCAUUGCAAAGUAAUCCUGCUCUGGACCUUUUUUGGAACUUUGUAUCAUUUAACACUGCUUCUCCGGAUUUACAAUCAAUACAACCCUUGCAAAGCAGUGUGAAUCAAACUGUCAAGUCUGGAGCAAUUGGUUUUUGUAGAAUAAGUUCUUUUCACUUUGUUCUUUGGGGUCAAGUUUAUGAUACUAGACAUGCAAAUGCCUUCAAAGUUCACCAAACUGGGAUAAAAAGAAGCCACUCCAAACAGCACAGCAAAGCUUGAAACAAGGUCUCUUCAGUAUUUAAGUGUUGCUUUUCCAUUGCAAAGUAAUCCUGCAUUGAACUUUUUUUGGGGUGUCAUUUAACACUGCUUCAAAUUUACAGACAGUAUGACCCUUGUCAUUUGGGAGCCAUUGGAUUUUUAGUAGAAUAAGUUUUUUUCACUUUUUGUCCUGGGUCAAGGUUACGAAAUAUUGGAAAUGAAAACGCCUUCAAAGUUCAUCAAACUGGGAUGAAAAAGCAGCUGAUCCAACCAACCCAGCAAAACUUGUCCUGUAACUUCAAGAAUCCCUCAAACCCAAGUGCAACGGAGUGGACGACAUUGCUGUGAGUGAUUGCAUGUGGUGGUGGCCCUCAGCAUGGUGUUGCCACCACCGGACAAGCGGCAUGUGUGUCUUACCACCUUUGUGAUCAUGACCAGCAUGGCCUUCAUGGACGCCUACCUGGUGGAGCAGAACCAGGGCCCACGAAAGAUCGGGGUCUGCAUAAUUGUCCUGGUCGGGGACGUCUGCUUUCUUAUCGUCCUCCGCUAUGUGGCGGUUUGGGUUGGAGCAGAAGUGCGGACGGCUCGACGGGGAUACGCCAUGAUUCUGUGGUUCCUCUACAUCUUUGUGUUGGAGAUCAAGCUUUACUUUGUCUUCCAGAAUUGUAAGGCUGACCGAAAGAGUCUGGAGACUGUCGCCCGGAAAGCUUUGACUUUAUUGCUGUCUAUUUGUGUGCCAGGCCUCUACCUGGUUCUGGUGGCUCUGGACAGCAUGGAAUACGUCCGUACCUUUAGGAGGAAGGAGGACAUGAGGGGUCGGCUCUUCUGGGUGGCUUUGGACUUGCUGGACCUGCUGGAUAUGCAGGCAAACCUUUGGGAGCCACAGCGGACGGGUUUGCCCAUUUGGGCUGAAGGUUUGAUGUUCUUCUACUGCUACAUUUUGCUUCUGAUUCUUCCCUGCGUGUCCCUGAGCGAGAUCAGCGUACAGGGCGACCAUGUAUCUCCCCAGAAGAUGAUGCUCUAUCCUCUUCUCAGUCUGGUCACCAUCAACAUCGUCACCAUCCUCAUACGUGGCGUCAACAUGGUGCUAUUCCAGGACAGCCGGGUUUCCACCAUCUUCGUCGGCAAGAACGUGGUGGCCAUCGCGACCAAGGCAUGCACCUUUCUAGAAUACCGAAAACAGUCGCGAGAAUUCCCGAAUCGAGAGAACGCAACAGGAAUUCCCAUGGAAGUCCAGCAGAACUCUGUGGGACACGGACAAGCUCUUCCAAAUGCUACGAGCCUCCCACAUGAACCCACUCCAGCACGUGAGAUUAUGGAUACAUGACCAAGGAACCAAAAAGUCUUUUGUUUGACGUAAUUGUACUUGGAGCCAACAAGGAGCAUUCGAACCAACAGAUAUGAACUGUUUUGGGGUACUUCGGUACAACAUUAUAAGGUGCUCCGUCCUGUUCUUGACUGAGGUAAAUCAGACAAUUUUGAGCUGUUCUGUUCAAAGGAAAACAUUCAGUGUUUUAUAAUUCAUUCUCCUCCAUCUUCUCCACAGUUAGCAAUGAAAAAGUGUUGUUUUCUUUCUGUACAGUAGUGCAGUGACUGUGGUACAAAAUACUUUUCCUGUUUGAGACCAAACUCUUGCUCCCACAUCCACUUAUAUGUGUCUGAAUUCCUGUUGUAGAUGCAUCAGAUAUUUUCCUCUCUUGCAAGUACAGAAUGGUGGAACUAGAGUGUAAGAUUGAGGGAACUAGAUAGGUGAGGUUGAUGAUUAUGACCAAAUGUUGGGGAGUAGUCCUACAUGCCUGCAGUAUGUGUUUGCUCUUGUGUUUUAUGAUGUGUUAAUGACAUUAAAGAAAUGAGAAUGAGUAAGAAAGUAAGAAAUUUGUAUCCGAUGACUAUAUGGAAUUCCUUAGGAAAUAAGUCAGUGAAUGCACUUCCAAUUGAUUGGUAUAUGGAUUAUUAUUAUUAUUGUUACCAUUAUAUAUAUAUAUAUAUAUAUAUAUAUAUACACACCAAUUGUGUACUUGCUUUUUUACAUUUUUGUUUGAGGAUUCAGCUGUUUAAUAAAAAAAAAAUUAAGAAAAAAAAUGUUUUUGCUAUUGCUUAAAAGGGCAACAAAACCUCAAGAUAUUUGGUGAAGAAGCAAAAAGACAACAUUAAGUUUUGUUAUCUGAAAAAUGUAAAAAUUAAG